AUGUCGAGCCCACUUGUAGACGUCUGGGAGGCUGCUGCGUCCUCGCCCUUCAGCCCUGCCGUUGGAAAGAACACGCAGUUCACAGUCGGCUUCGUGCUGCUAGCCAUCUCUCUCAUCUUGACUACCAUCUUCGGCUUGAACCGCUCCUUCAUCAACCUCCCCGUUCUCGGUGUUCCCGCGUCAUUAGCAUUCGGCUUCGGCGCUGUCUACAUGAUCUGCGCAGUCGGCGUAUACGUCUAG